AAGAAUCCGCAGCAUCUUCUGUGGUAAGAUUGGAAGAAUUCCAGCAAUUUUUGCGGCGUGUUCAAACACUGCAAAUGUCACCCGACAACGGCGAACAGCAAGAUGUAAUCUUAACAGAGCAACAACAACAGCUGUAUAAGACAGACAUUGAAAUAGGAGUGGAACCAACAGCGCUAAUGGAACUAGAUGAACCGGAUGAAGCAACAGCUGUUAAAAGUGUCAGUCACAACGAAGUGAAACACACAACAAAUAUUCGUGUCAACGUCGGCAUCGAUAAGGAUUUGGAAAUGAUUCUCGAAAUGGAUCCGAGCAUUGUGGAUUUGGGUGAUAUUGGCGUUAAUGAAACAACAGAGACCCGUAUUGUGGGCCUACCGCCACUGACGGGUGGACCCACCUUUAAAACAGCCAUGCCCACAUCUCGCACUCAGCUAAAGCUGCAACUGCAACGUGAGCAGCAGCAACAGGAGCAGCAACAAAUGCUGAUGCAACAACAACAGCUGCAACAAUUGGUGCAUACCACGGAUACUGGUUUGUUGAAUGCGUACGGAAUGCAGACGACGACGGAUUGCUUUGAGAAGGAAACGGCCGUCGAUAGCAAUACGAGUGCCUGUGGCAGCAGUGGCGCCUCCAGCCUAAAUCAGUCAAAUCAAUCUUCAGCCCAGUUGAACUCGUCUCGUCUGCCGCCAGCCUCGAGUCCUGUUACUCUCAAAGUACCCCUCCAAAGCAUUGGAGUCGAUGUGCCGCCACAAGUUCUACAGGUGAGCACCGUUCUUGAGAAUCCCACCCGAUAUCAUGUGAUCCAGAAGCAGAAGAAUCAAGUGCGUCAAUAUCUGAGUGAAUCGCUGAAACCCUCCGUUUGGAGCUGCCAAAAUUUCGAUAAUACCACAAAAAAUGCCUCAAAUACAUCAGCAUCAACGGGAAACUUACAAUGUAAUACGAUAAUUAAUAGGAAUAUUAACAAUAAUGAGCAACAACAGUCCCAGCAGAAGCCUAACAGUUUUGGUUGCGAUAAGAAACUGUUGCAUUCCUCGGAAGACUCAGCUUUUGUAACAGGAGCAGCUGCAACAACUGGUGGCAGAUGCAAUUCCAGCAAUUUCUUUGCCUUGGAUCAGGAUCAGGCUGCUUUAAACAAUGGCAACAGCCUCUUCAGCAACAGCAAAGCCAACUUUAAUCUUAACUCUUCGCUGAGCUCCGCUGGACGUGCUUCGAACAAUAUAAAUAAUAGUCAAAUGCGUUCCUCAAAUUAUUCGGGUGGCAGCACAGCGAGUCCAUUGCAAUCGACAUCAGCUCCCAUGUCACCUAGUCUGAGUUCGGUGGCCACAAGUGCUUCGGAGCUACCCUCAUUUGACAGCGAUGCAGACGAUCUCUUUGACGACAUAUUGCAAAACGAUUCCUUCAAUUUCGAUAAUAACUUCAGCUCGGAACUAUCCAUUAAACAGGAGCCACAAAAUUUGACGGACGCCGAAUUAAAUGCUUUAGCCAAGGAUCGCCAGAAAAAGGAUAAUCACAAUAUGAUUGAGCGACGUCGCCGCUUUAAUAUCAAUGAUAGAAUCAAGGAGCUGGGUACUUUGCUGCCCAAGGGCAGCGAGGCCUUCUACGAGGUUGUUCGCGAUAUACGCCCCAAUAAGGGCACAAUUUUAAAGUCCUCUGUGGAUUAUAUCAAGUGCCUGAAACACGAAGUUUCUCGGCUCAGACAAAACGAGAGCCGUCAACGCCAAAUGGAACUGCAGAAUCGUAAAUUAAUUGGUCGUGUGCGGGAACUGGAAAUGCAGGCUAAAUCGCCGGUUUUCUCUCUAUCCGAUUAUAAUUUAACAUCCGUUUCGGCUCCGACGCCCGCCAAUUCGUAUCUCAAAUGUAGCAGUCCAACCUCAACGUCAACAUCCUCGACAUCCGUUGCACAAACACGCCACGCCGUCUCCCUGAUGGAGGAUCUGCCUGUAAACUGCAGUGAUGAUGCCAGCUUGGGUCUCAAUCAAAUUGAUGAGUUGAUGGAGGAUUGCAAGCAUCCUGUGCAGGGCGGUGAUCCCAUGUUAUCCUCGCACAGCAGCCAUUUGUUGUCCGCCCCACAUUCACCAAGGAGUGGCACAGAACCUGCAGCAACCACAAUUUACAGCAGUUGUGAGAGCAACUCGAGAAGACAACUCCAUCAGAAUCAUAAUCAUCAUCAUCCCAGGGAGAGUGGCGCCUUUGGUUUGCUCAGUGAUGGUGGCGAUAAUGAUCCAUUGCUAUCCUCCGAGGAUCAUCGACAUCAUCCCCAUCAUCAUUCGGCCAUGAUAAAUGAUUCCUUGUUGGAUGAUAAUCAUGGGGAACCCAUGUUACUAACGCCAGAUGCCUUGGAUAUUGAUCUUUGAUCAGCCUUUGACACCGCAAGAAAAAUAGCUUAGAGAGUAUUAUUUGCUAGCAUUUUUUUUUUAAAAGUG